UGUCAAAGCUACAUUCUCCAACUGCUGCACAGAGGCCACACAACUUGUUUUGUAGUUAGCAGGAGUUUGUUUUUCUGGAGAGCCUCUUUGGGCACGUAGCUGAAAGAAUCCUGAGUACAACUGCCAUCUUCUAGCUAUUCAUUUUGUUGCACUAGAAAUCACCUUAGACGUAUACUUAAACGCUUAGACCAUGACCAGCUUCAGCAACGAGGAGUCUGAUGUCCUCUUGCUUGAUGAAGGCUUUACUGCCAAGGAUAUUCUAGACCAAAAAAUAAAUGAAGUGUCUUCCUCUGAUGAUAAAGAUGCCUACUAUGUUGCUGACCUUGGAGAUAUUGUAAAGAAGCACAUCCGGUGGCAUAAAGCCCUCCCUAGAGUAAAGCCGUUUUAUGCUGUCAAAUGUAAUGACAGCAGAACUGUAGUGGAGACGCUUGCUUCUCUUGGUGCAGGAUUCGACUGUGCCAGUAAGACUGAAAUGCAGCUGGUGCAGAGCAUGGGUGUAUCUCCUGAGAGAAUAAUAUAUGCAAAUCCUUGCAAACAAGUCUCUCAGAUCAAGCAUGCUGCAAAUAAUGGUGUACAGAUGAUGACUUUUGAUAGUGAAGUAGAGCUGAUGAAAAUUGCAAGGGCACAUCCAAAGGCAAAGUUGGUCUUGCGCAUUGCAACUGAUGACUCGAAAGCAGUUUGUCGCCUGAGUGUUAAAUUUGGAGCUACUCUUAAAAUGAGCAGAGUUCUUUUGGAGCGGGCAAAAGAACUGAACCUUAACAUUAUUGGAGUCAGCUUCCAUGUGGGAAGUGGCUGUACAGACCCAGAAACCUUUGUUCAAGCUAUUUCUGAUGCCCGUUGUGUCUUUGAUAUGGGAGCUGAGCUUGGUUUCAGUAUGUACCUGCUUGAUAUUGGCGGUGGCUUUCCUGGUUCUGAAGAUGUCAAGCUUAAAUAUGAAGAGAUCACAAAUGUAAUCAAUCCAGCGCUGGACAAAUACUUUCCUUCUGAUUCUGGAGUAAAAAUUAUUGCAGAACCUGGAAGAUACUAUGUUGCAUCAGCUUUCACAUUGGCAGUUAACAUAAUUGCAAAAAAAGUUGUAUUAAAGGAGCAGGCAGGUUCUGAUGAUGAAGAUGAUACUAAUGACAAAACUCUCAUGUACUAUGUGAACGAUGGAGUGUAUGGAUCAUUUAACUGCAUAUUAUAUGAUCAUGCUCAUGUUAAGCCCAUUUUGCAAAAGAGACCCAAGCCAGAUGAGGGCUAUUAUUCCUGCAGCAUAUGGGGGCCAACAUGUGAUGGUCUGGAUCGUAUUGUUGAGCGCUUUGAUAUGCCAGAGUUGCAAGUUGGUGAUUGGAUCCUGUUUGAAAAUAUGGGUGCCUAUACUGUUGCAGCUGCUUCUACGUUUAAUGGAUUUCAGAGACCAGCAAUAUAUUAUGUGAUGUCGAGGCCUGCAUGGCAACUAAUGCAACAGAUCAAGGAGGAAGGUUUUCCAGCUGAGGUGGAGGAGCAGGAUGUCACUACUCUGCCACUGUCUUGCGCCUGGGAAAGUGGAAUUGAAUAUUCAGCAACUUGUGCUUCAGCUACUAUUAACGUUAUAGACCCAUUUUAGUUAGUAUUUGCAAGUUUUUAGUAUUUGAAAUUAGGGCAUUUUGGGGACCAUUAACUUAAAUCUUGCUAGAAUUUUUAAAUUUUUUUUUCAAGUCUAGGUUUAGUAUAAAUGCAACAAAAUGGAUAACUAGGAGAUGGGGGUCACAUUUAUCUGUGUUCCUAUGGAAACUAUUUGAAUAUUGUUUUUAUAUGGAUUUUUAUUCACUUUUCAAGUAUGCUACUAAAGAUUGAUCCUUAGCUGUCAAACAAGCAUUUGUAGCUUGUGUAUGUCAGAUGGGAUCAGCUUAGUGUUGUGACCUAACUGCUUUAAAAUAAAGUCUAUUGAAAUAA